AUGGAGAAAAACUGCUUAAGAAUAAGCAUCAAAGACAUCAACAACACUAAGGUUAGAUCAGAUCCAUGGGAUCAUCAUCAUCGUCAUCAUCAUCAUGGGACUAUUGACAGUAGCCAUUACAAUAGUAAUAAAGAUGGAGAUUUACUUGCUGGGUUUUCAUGGCCUCCAAGAUCUUACACAUGUAGCUUCUGCAGAAGGGAUUUCAGAUCUGCUCAAGCCCUGGGAGGCCACAUGAAUGUUCAUAGAAGAGAUAGAGCAAGGCUGAGGCAAUCACCCCCCAGAGAUAAUAAUGGUCUCCACUCUCCUCUUCUAAACCUCAAUCUUGACCCUAAUAACCCUAACCCUAACCCUAACCCUAACCCUAGUUACAUCUUUCCUUCAAGAAAAUUUCCUUCUUGGAAUCCCACAUUGGUUCCCUUCAUGCCACCAUCUUUUCCUCCAUCACCCUUAGCCUCUUCUUCUGCUCAAAUAAUGGCUAAAGGAAGCAAAGCUACUGAAAGUUUCCCAGUCAAAGGUCACAGCAAGAAAGAAAUUGUUAGAUUGGAGUUGGAGAUUGGGCUGAAGGAGGACUUGGAUUUGGAGCUUCGACUCUGA